CAAUAUUUCUUUCUGUAAAGUUUCUUUAAGAAAUAUUAAAACAUUAUGAAAUUAUUUGCCGUUCUUAUUUUGAGUAUUCAACUCUCUUUCGUUUUUCUAAAUCCUGCCUUCUUCAUUUUUGAUUCUGAUCUUCGUCAUUACUCAAAUAAUGCAGCAGUUCAAUUUUCAGAUGUUGCAAUAAACAAGCAAAAUUUUUACACCAAUAAUGCAGCUCAUAUUACAGAACCAGGUUAUUACUUUUCAGCACUUAAUGCAGCUACUCCUAAAGACGGAGAGGUUAAUUUUCGACACAACUUUUUUUAUGGCGAUAAGUAUGUAAUCCAGCCACCAAAUGCCAAUGACGUUGUCACUUCUAGCCGAAUUUCCAUGUAUGAACAUAAGAGUGGAAGUUCGUCGAGAAGGGAAAACAUAAGAUCAUUCAAAUCAUCUACCACUAUUAGUGAUACCAUAUCAAAAACAACAUCUUGGCUUGCGUUCAAAUAUAAUACAGAUAAUAUCUUUUAUGCUGGAUAUACUGAAAAAAACGGCAAUAACAUGAUAUUUAACGAUGUUAGAAUCUUAAAAGGAAUAGGUUAUGGUCAGAAUGCAUUGAGAAUCGCAAAAUCUGGAUUGUACUUUUUUGCUAUAACACUCGGAACAACCAAUUCAAGUAAUAAUGAAGUAGAAAUCUAUAUUAAUGGUCAAGCUCUUUUCCAGUCAGUUGGUAAAAUAGUUAGAAAUAAUGAUGAAUCUGGAGAAUAUAUCAUGUCUUCAACAAGAUCAUGGAUUUUCCAACUAAAAGAGAAGGAUGAAGUCUCCCUUCGUGGUUUAAAAGGCAACUACGUAGAUAAAUAUCAUACAAGCUUUUUAAUGUUUCGUCUGGAUUCUUCAAAUACUAAACCCUCUUUUAGUGCUGUUAGAAAAGCUGGUUGGUUAGGAUUUGGUGCAUUGAAUCCCAUUGAGUUUGAUACUACUCUGGCUAUCAUGGGAAAUUAUUGGAAUGCCAGAGAAAACCAAUACGAAAUCCAAACAAGUGGUCUAUACUUUUUGAGUGUAACUGGGGGCAAAUACCGUAGAUGUAAAUUGGAAAUGGAGGUUCUUGUAAACAAUGAACUUAAAGGCGAGCUUCUUAACCAUAAUACUGGACCUGGAGACGAAAAUACGAAUACAAUGAAUAUGCUCCUUGAGCUUAAAGAUGGAGACGUUCUUUCGUUUUCCUCACCAAACAGUGCUUGUUUUGAUGAUUCUUAUUAUCUAACAAGUUUCUCCAUCUUUUAUGUUUCUUCAUAA